AUGUUAUACAACUUGAGUCCAUCUAUAGAAGGCCUUAAACUAAUAACAAUAUACAAAAUCUCAUCUCUGAACCAAACUGGAAUUACCUUCAAGGCAUACAAAAGACUGGAUUUGGAAUGGAACAUAUAUUCAUGUCGAGCAGCUACACAGCAGUACAAAACACACAUCGAAAUGCACCCGGCAUCACAGAGGGAACGGUGUGCUUGGAUGGCUUAUCAAUCAAGAAGUGUUCUUAACCACUAUUUAAAAAUUUAUUCAGAAGGUCAAUUGAUGCAGAUUACUUGCCACAUUGAUUAG